UAUAGUUCCCACUGUGGAUCUAGGAAUGAGCUGUGUUUUCCUGGAGAGUUGUUCCCAUAGGACAUGGUAGUUACUGCAUCAGACAGCAGCAUGGAAGGACAGUGCAGCUCCAAAGAAGAAAGAAAGCUCAGAAAACCUCUAAUUGAGAAAAAAAGGCGGGAAAGAAUCAACAGCAGCCUGGAUCAGCUGAAGAGUAUUAUGGUUGAUGCGUACAAUCUUGAUCAAUCUAAACUGGAGAAAGCCGAUAUUUUGGAAAUUACAGUUCAGCAUAUGGAGACCAUGCAGAGGAGCACAUUGCUAGCUGACACCAGACAAAAUUUUGAGGCACAGCAAAGGUACAGCAGUGGUUAUAUCCAGUGCAUGCAUGAAGUCCAUGGUCUGCUUCUCAGCUGUCAAAGCAUGGAAAAGAGCACCACUUCAGGUCUGCUCAAUCACUUACUCCAGUCACUGCCCCAGACCAGUAGUGAGACCUGCCCAGUAGCUACAAGCUCUAGUGCCCCAGUGUUCCAGCCAUUGCAGUGCCAGCCUACAGCUUCAAUGACCACAGAAGCAUCAGUUACUGGUUGCAGCACAGAAUCAUUGCUGCUGACAUCCAGCUCCAGGCUCCCCCAAGAUCAGCAGAACACCAGGGCAACAAACAGGGAUGAGCCCUUUGUCUCUUCAGGAAUGCCAACAACUGCAGUCAGUACCAUUGCUGAGUCAUUUCCUAGCCAGCAGUUUCUACCACCAACAGAAACCAGUAUGUGGAGGCCUUGGUAACACAAAACAACUUUCAAGUGAUGGAUGGGAUAUAUAACAAGUGACAUACCACAAGGAUGUGCAUUAAAACUGUUUCAUUACUUGGUUAUAUGACAUAUCAGACACUCAUAUUGGUGGACAUUUCAAACAGCCAUAAAGUCUAGUAGUAUAAGACAGAAGAGGAGCACCAUAUGGUGAUGAAGUAUCAAACUGCUAGACCGAAGAAAACUAGUGAUUAUGUCUAAACAUUCUGUACUUGAAGAUGUCUAUUUUGUAUGGUAUAAUUGCAGGGGUAAUUUCAUUUUGCAGACCUCUAACCACACAAAAAAAGAAUUAAGUAAUACCCUCAAGAUUGUGGCACAUUUUGUGGAUAACAGUAAGAACACAUUUAGCUAGUUCUGGGUAACCCAGUAGGUCACUGAUAAAUGUCUGUCAUUUUAAACAUUCUGUUUAAAAUUUGUAUUUCUCUCGUUCUUAACUGGCAAUGUCCACACCUCCACAGACUCUGUUCAAACAUAUCUACUUCCUAAUUCACCUUAAUGUGCUCUUCGUGGUCAUAAACCAAGCUAUCACAUGCCUGGUAACAACAUUAUCACCAGAGCUAGCCUUCUCCUACGCAGUCCAGGGUGAAUGGCAAUGCUCUGGAUGCCAGUGGUAGGAAAUGCUGGCACCAAGUGUGAGAAACCCAAUGUAUUUUUAGUGAAGGAGACUUUAGUACCUCAGUAAAUGUUUUUCCUUGAGUUAGUUUACAGUCCUCCUUAAGCAAGUUUCACUUCUGACAGUGGAAGGAAGUAUAAGAUAUGCACUUAUCUCAUGGCAGAUAGUAAAAAUCUGUCAUUUUUCAUGUUGUAAACAAUGAGUCCUGCUUUAGAUUGACAUCUGCUUCUUUCUAAACAACAGCAUGUAAACAUAGCAAGAGAUGUACUUAUGUACUCUGAGACAAAUGGUUUUAAUGAAAAUGUUUGUGUUAUAUAGGACAAAAAGCUUGCGACUGACCGUGCUAGUCAUCCUGACACACGAGAUGCAGUGACAUUGUUUUGAAUA